CCACUCGAUCUUGCACUCGAUGCUCAGAGCUUGGAAAGACGCGUCACAGGGGCAACCCCAGCAGCCCCGUGUGAAAGAGCAGGCCAGCUAUCAGGAUACCCAGUUGCGAAGAACCUGCAGUGGCGAGCCAUCUUUGGUCACCGCCGAUGUAGCUUCCUCUAAUAGUGGUGCCGUCCUGGAUAGCGUGCAUGCUCUCGCCUCGGGUGUAACCAAACGCGCGAGGGAUAGUGAAGAUGGUGUCGAGAACGCAAAAAAGAGGAAAUGCAUCUCCGAAGAGUCGAUGCACCCUGGCUCAUCCCCCUCACUAGUACCCCUCACGCCAGGCAAGAAGGACACACAUGAACAAACCCAGACACGAAACUCGAUUGUUAUACUGGAUUCCUUCGAUGACGCUAUUGCGUAUGCUUCUCGCUUCCUUGAAUCGGCUAUCGUCCGGGCUACGGUAUCUCCCAAGGUCAUUUCCUCUGCUGGGAGAGUUUCUUUGUUCAUAGUCGAUGAGAGCGUCUCACCCGAGAGUAUCACGCGAAGAUUAGCAAGCGAAACACGUCUCAAGGUGACUUGCUGCACACCGUCAAUAAGUCCCGCCAGGUGGUCGACGUUGAUGGAAUAUCAGGUUGCGGUGUCUUCGAUUAAAGCAUUAUCGGAGCUCCUCACGAAGGGCAUUAUAAAAAUGUCGCAAUUGCGUGCUCUCGUGGUAUUCGAUAUGACAACGUCGAUUUGCACAAGCUCGACAUUGAUGAAAGUAAUGGAAACUUUCUACCGGCCUGAGAACGCAGAUGCACGACCGAUCCUUCUGGUAUUAUGUUCUUCUGCACGAACCGCCGAUAUCAGCCAACUCGAGAAAUCACUCGAAGCCAAAGUUGCAUCCAAGUCGGCCAUGUCAAGCCUCAAUAGGCUUCGACCCGUCGAAGUUGUCGUCCAAUAUGAGCCCCCUUCGGCUUUGCGGGAUACCUGGCUCACAGAACGGAUUCGUGCCAUUCAAUUCUGUGAACCAUUACUCUCCAGGGCAUUCUCAGCGGCACGCUGUGUCAUGAAAGAACUUGGACCUUGCGCUAGCGACUUCAUGUGGCGUCGAGGCAUAAAAGUGGAUGCACUGGUUGUCGGGGACGGUGGCGGCGAGAUGGCCAAGGUCACGUCUGAACUGCACAAUUUAGUCAAGGGCUGGGCCUUUUCCACGCCAAACAUUGACCCAUCCUCCGGAGGUUUUAACGUAUCUCCGAAGUUUGCACGACUGGUUCAAAUUUUAAAGGCGUGCGAGCUUUACGGCAACAAAUUCCGUGGUAUUAUAUUCGUCCAAGAACGAGAGGUAGCAGCUGUUAUGGUUGAUAUGCUGUGUAUGGCCGUGCACGAUUUGGGAUUCUUGAGCCCUCUCGCCCUAACAGAGGAAUUCCCACUAGAUAACCAUCAUGUUGAGGAUGUGUGUCACAGUUUUACUGCUGGGAAGAACAACUUGCUUGUUAUUCCGAAAUCUCUCGAGGACUUGGACAUCCCACCCGCCUUGGUUGUGGUAAGAUAUGAAGUGCACGAGAGCCAGCUCUCCUAUGCCUACUCAUGUGCACGUACGGCCAGAGCUUUCGGUUCUCUGGUGCACAUGGUGGAACGCGACAAUGAUGUCGAGCGCCGCGUGUUGUCACACUACCAACAUGAGACAUUCAAUGAGCAGUGGAUCGAGGUGGUCACGACUGGAGGCAGUUCUUUAAUUCCGCCACAAUCUUUGAUAGAGAAUUGUAAGCUGCCUGAUGGACCGGACGAGAGCGUGGGUCCUUGCAUUGAAGACCCCACAACCUCUGGUCGGUUAUACGAACGGGACGCUGUCUGUGCUCUCUAUCGACUUGUGUCGAGCAUGCCCCACCUGUCGAAGGCCUCCCCCCAGCCCCUCUUCGUUGUUAGGGGGAGUACUUGUGACGGGCAUUCCGACGAGUGGAUAUGUGAUGUCCGAUUGCCUUCGGAAUUGCUCGCGGAACAAAUAUCCGGGCCACCUCGUCCCACCCCAGCUCAUGCUCGCCGUGCCGCUGCCUUCAUCACUUGUGUGCGGUUGUAUGAGCAUGGUACAUUCGAUCACCGUCUCUUUCUUUAUCCACGGUUACCCAGGAAGACACAGGAACUCGCAGAGAUGGAAAAAAUUUCCGGGAAUCGUUUCUACCCUCGCAAACGAACACGAUUCUGGUCGAAUUCGCUUCGCCUUUUCCCUCACAUAUGGUUUCCUGUGAUUUUUCAUGUUCUGGGCCAUGAAAAAGCACGCUCCGAUGUUGUUGGGUGCCCACCGUGGUCCAAAACUGCCCGGGCCGCACCUGUUGAAAUCAGUGCUAAUCAUCUUCACGCACUUCAUUUGUUUACCGUUCGUAUCUGUCGUGCGAUCUUAAACAAGCCGUUUGCAUGUUCCGCCGAUGAUAUGGCAUACCUGUUUGCACCUCUCCGUUCGUGUGUGACAGAAAACCUCGAGUCGGCGGAAUUCCGGCGGAUCUUGGAUUAUGUGCCGUGGGACGUUGUGUUUCUGGCCGGCAAGGAGUGGGCUGUGAGGCUUGAUCCAGAUUUCGGCUCGUUGCAGGGUGUAGAAGACAUGGUCGUACAGGAUCGGAUGGUGGAAUUUACACGGCGAUAUUACGCGUCGUGUCUGCGGCGAGAUCUGACACCACUAAGCAAACCUGAGGAUAGUCCGCGCGAAGCCGGUUACAGUAACUUUGUAGACUACUGCAAGGCGCGGCGAAAGGGAUUUAAAGGCCUGCAGGAUUACCAACAACCCAUGAUCGAAGUCACCAAAAUCACUGGUGUUUCAAAUCAUUUGAACCCGGUUUUCAAACCCUUGGCAGAACCUGCGAGGGCUGUGCCAAAAUAUCUGAUCCCGGAGUUGAGCGCGAAAUUUACUAUUCCAGCCAGCACUUUUCGCACAGCUCUUUUGCUCCCAUCUGUGAUGAGAAGGAUUGAAGACUUUCUCAUCGUGCAAGAGCUUAAUGCGGAAUUUUUCAAUCACUCCAUCCACGAAGAGUACCUGUUUAGCGCUAUAUCCACCCCUUCGGCCGGGUAUGAAGUGGAUUAUGAAAGAUUGGAACUUUUUGGUGACGCCUUCUUAAAAUAUCUUGCCUCGAUUUAUGUCUUCGUUAUCAACCCUUCACAGCAUGGAGUCUUGCACGCCACACGACAGCGUAUUAUCAGCAACAAAGUAUUGAUACAGAGCGCUGAUCACAGUGGGUUGCCGCAGUACAUCCGAGGGAAACCGUUCAGCUACAAGCUGUGGCAUCCACCGAAUUUCACAAUAGACCCUUUGAACGUUGCAGAACGUGAAGUCGUCGGAGAUGAAACCACCACUUCCGGGCGUGUGGACACAAAUAACCCGGCUACUCGUACCGAUGCGGAGGACCGAGCGGGUGUUUUCCCAAGUGUUCAGGAAAGAAUGAAGAAAUCCCAUGACGAGAGUGUAACCCAGUGGUUGGGUAGCAAGACCAUUGCUGAUGUAGUGGAAGCCAUUAUUGGCGCGGCAUAUCUGUCCGGCGGGCAGGAGGCUGCUCUCCAAGCUGCAAAAGCAAUGCAGGUUCCGAUUCCCAGUAUCGAGCAAUGGGAUGACUUCCGUAGGAAGGCAUCUCUACCCCCUUCUAAUCCAACUGCACUGCUGCGUGCGGGCUCGGUCGAAGCAGUCGAAGCGAUCACUGGCCGAAAAAUUUCCAACGUCCGCGUCUUGGGGUGGGCACUGGUUCACCCUUCCAUUGAUGGUUGCGACACUGCAUACCACGAACAACUGGAGUUCAUUGGCGAUGCCAUUCUUGACUUCAUGGUUGUUCGAUAUAUCGUUGAUCGUUACGGAAAAUUGUCUCCUGGUGCAAUGACAAUGCUGAAGGUGGCCAUGGUUUCCAACUCUGCACUAGCUGCACUUUGCGUAUCAUCUGGAUUGUACAAACACCUCCAUCAUGAUUCAUACUCCCUGGCAUGCUCGUUCGAAGCAUACGUAGAGAAGGUGGAAACCCGGCGAGUGCAAGAGACGGAACUAGCCACUCAGAACGGGAGGAGCCCUGGUCAAUAUUGGCUCGAUACUGAAUCGCCCAAGGCUCUAUCAGACCUCGUGGAAUCCAUUAUCGGAGCGUUGUUCAUCCAAGAUGGCUACCAGCCGGUGGGCGCAGAAGUUUUUUUCGACAGAGUGUUGAGGCCAUUCUACGACCGACACGUCACACUCAAGACCCUCUCUCAUCAUCCCACCAAAAUUUUGUCCGACCUGCUGCAAAAACACGGAUGCCAGCACUUUGAAUUAGUGAAGGAGACGUGCGAUGCCAAACAAGAAACACGAUGCGAUGUGGUUGUUCACGAAAUCAUUCUAGCAAGCGCUAUAGCGUCUACAGUGCACGCUGCUGGCCGUGCAGCCUCACUGGCUGCUUUGGAUGCGCUUGAAGGAGAUACCAAUUUCAUGAGCGGAACAUGCACUUGUAGAUCCAGUUCGCGGGGAAAGGGGGCGCGCAAAAUGCUCCUCGACGAGAUGAUGGUAGGGAUAGACGUUGAAACAGUAUCUUGAUGUUCUCCUUACG